AUGUUCUCCUUGCGGACGGCGCAGCCCGCGCAGGCUUUCCUCCGCCGCGCAGCUGGUGCAGGCUCUCUAGUGCACUCCUCGAUCCCAGCAAGAUCUUUUGCUAGCGUGCAGUCCGACAUCUUCAAGCCCACGAAGUAUGGCGGCAAGUACACCGUUACUCUCAUUCCAGGUGAUGGUAUUGGUGCGGAAGUUGCCGAAUCAGUCAAGACCAUCUUCAAGGCCGACAACGUUCCUAUUGAAUGGGAGCAGGUAGAUGUCAGCGGCGUCGAUACAGGCAACAAGCAUUCGGAGGAGCUCUUCAAGGAAUCCAUCGCCUCUCUUAGACGCAACAAGCUAGGUCUCAAGGGUAUCCUGUUCACCCCUGUUGAGCGCUCGGGUCACCAGUCAUUCAAUGUUGCUCUCCGUCAAGAACUUGAUAUUUUCGCUUCGAUCGUUCUGAUCAAGAAUAUCCCCGGUUACAAGACACGGCAUGAGAACGUUGACCUCUGCAUUAUCCGUGAGAAUACCGAGGGAGAGUACUCCGGUCUUGAGCACCAGUCGGUACAGGGUGUGGUUGAGUCGCUGAAGAUCAUCACUCGUGCCAAAUCAGAGCGCAUCGCCAAAUUCGCGUUCGGAUUUGCUCUCGCCAACAACAGGAAGAAGGUCACCUGCAUUCACAAGGCAAACAUCAUGAAACUCGCCGAUGGCUUGUUUCGCAGUACUUUCCACAAGGUCGCCGAGAUGUACCCUACUCUGGAAGUCAACGACAUGAUUGUCGACAAUGCAUCUAUGCAGGCCGUUUCUCGACCCCAGCAAUUCGACGUGAUGGUCAUGCCCAACCUGUACGGAGGCAUUCUAUCCAACGUUGGCGCUGCCCUUGUCGGUGGACCUGGUGUGGUUCCUGGCUGCAACAUGGGACGUGAUGUUGCGGUCUUCGAGCCCGGCUGCCGUCACGUUGGCCUGGAUAUCAAGGGCAAAGAUCAGGCUAACCCCAGUGCUAUGAUCCUUUCUGGAUCCAUGCUUCUUCGCCACCUUGGCUUGGACGACCACGCAAACAGGAUCUCCAAGGCCGUGUAUGAUGUGAUUGGUGAAGGUAAAACGAGAACUCGCGACAUGGGUGGACAAGCCACCACUCACGAGUUCACCAGAGCUGUCUUGGACAAGAUGGAGGCUGCUCUGUAA